CGGACUCGCACCUUUCGUCGAACACCUUCACUGCACUCACACUGAAGUUAAAGCGCGCCUUUUGCUUUGAAAUUGGGUUAGAACGAACAAACCUAAUUCCUCAGUUCCAUCUUCUGUUUCAUUACAACCACACACCAUGUUUAGCGCCACACAACCUUCUUCUUCUCCCUUUGGUACCCCUUCUUCAACCCCAGCAUUCGGUACUCCUUCUUCAACCCCAGCAUUCGGUACCCCUUCCUUUGCUACCCCUUCUUCCACCCCUUCCUUCGCUACCCCUUCUUCAACCCCUGCAUUUGGUUCUUCCCUCUUCUUAACACCCUUUUCUUCUCAACAACAACAACAACAACAACAACAACAAACUCCACUGUUUCAACAACCACCUUCUACUGGUUUCGGGUUUCAGAAUUCUCUCGCAGCACCGCAACCCUCGCCAUUUUCAAAUGCUCAAUUGACUACUCAGAUGGCUAACGUUUCACCCGUUCCUUUCUCUCUCGCCGAUCGCGAUGUUCAAGCAAUCGUUGAUUCUUACAAGGAAGAUCCUGGAAACCCCAAGUAUGCUUUUAAGCAUUUGUUAUUCAGUGUAACAGAACCACAGCAUAGGGUGAAGCCUGCUGGUGUAUCAGAUAUUAUGUGGGCAGAGGCUAUGGGGAAGCUUGAGGGUAUGGAAAGUGCUGAUAGGGAACGUUUGUGGCCGCAACUUGUUCAGGGUUUUAAGGAUCUUUCACAGCGCCUCAAGAUCCAAGAUGAAGUCAUUGUUUCUGAUGCAGAGAGAUUACGUAUAACCCAAAGCAAUGUGAAAAUGCUCCAAAGGCAUUUUCAAGCCGACACUCUUCCUUGGAUUCAAAGAUUGAAACAAAAAGAACAAAUUCUCCAGCAACGUCUUUUAAGAGUAAUGAGAAUAGUGGAGGCCUUGGAGGGAAAAGGCUGCCGUAUACCCUUGACAAAAGGGGAAGCUGAACUCGCUGAAAAAUUAGCCACAAUAACUAGACAGCUGAAAGGAUCUGGAGCAGAACUGUCUAGAAGGGUACAAAAUCUGCUAACUUUAUCUCGGGUCAAGGCUAGUAGCAAUGGAUUUGGUAGUUCCGUUUAUCUUCCGGGGUCAACGAAAAUUCAUGAACAGAGUCUUGCUGACCUUCAGGAGGUUUUGCAGCAGCAGAUGGAGGCCAUAGCAAGACUUGGCAGUGUUCUGAAGCGAGAUAUACGGGAUAUGGAGAUUAUGAUGACUGAUGACAGCGGCGCCACUGAAAAUGGGAAUUUAAUCUGAACUUAAGAAAAUCUUAACUAAGCCUUCUUGCGUUGCAUUCGCAUUUUAUUUAUAAUUUUUUAAGCUAUCAUCAGUUAGUAAUUCGUAAAAGCUAAUGUAACAAGCACAUCGGCAUUUUUUAUAUGGUGUUUCCGCUGCGAUUUGGAACUUCCUAUCAUAUGCAUUUUGAGAAAACGUUAUGCAAAUUAACGGUUAUAU